AUGGUUGGCCGACGAUCUAGAUCACAGACCGACGAGAGCCGAGCAAUUACUCCCGACGAGUUGGGUCGUGGUAGCCCACGCUCAAGAAAAUGUUUGCAUCUCAACCAGAAAAAAGACGGCUCUGUGCUGGAAGAACGAGAGCCCGGGAUGAGAGGACGGAAGAUGAGGAGCGAGGUUACACCGCUAAAGGGGGAGAAGAGUAAACAGGAGGUUAGAAUGGAUUCAGAGAAUCUACGGGUUCCGGAGCCAAGCUCUCCGGAGGAGAUAUUUCCUAGAACUCCGUCACAGUUCUCCACCAGAACUUAUACACAGGGGUGGGAACUGAGUGCUGAGGAUUCUCAAGGUGACAGCACUGCAUCUCAGGAAGAUGAAGAUGAAGGAGAAGAUGGGGCGGAGAACUCUGACAAACUCUUUCCUAUUUUCUACAAGUCGAGUGCUGACAGUGGAACGGAGACGGGAGCGGAAAUUACUAAACCUCGCGGACGGAGAGGAUUUGUGUGUCAGGAUCCAAACCAGCUCCAAAUAGAUGCUGGACAGAAACGGGGACCAACUCUGUGUCUUACAUGCGGAGUGGUUUACACUAUAGGAGAUCCUGAGGAUGAAGCUAGUCAUGAGAAGUCCCACAACGGUAUAGUUGACAGGCUCAAGUUCCCAGGCUGGAAGAACGAGAGGAACUGUGGCGAGUUUGAGAACGGACGGAUAGUUAUGAUACAACCCGGAGAUCCUAAACAUAUGUGGAGGAAGGUUCAGGAUGCUCUCACCGUAGUGGACCGGGAUCUCGGGUUCUCUGAGGUUGGUAUCCGGUACCCGGAGAAAACUAAGGUAUUCCUGUUUAUCAGCGAGAAGAAGAUUGCAGGCUUCCUACUGGCGGAGUCCGUGGAGAACGGUUUCCGUGUUAUUACACCGAAACAGGAGAGUGGGAAGGUUUAUAUGUGCUCCGAGACUCCGAACCCGGUUAAAUGUGGAAUAUCCAGAAUAUGGGUGUUGGCAGAGUUUAGGAGGAAGGGAAUUGCAUCCAAACUUGUCGAGAGUAUGCGAGCAUCUUUCCUGCUUGGACACCAUCUUACGCAGGACGAGUUUGCGUUCAGCGAUCCAACCAUCAAUGGGAUGGAUUUUGCAAUCAGUUAUAUGAGAAGAGUGGACUUCCUGGUUUAUAAUAGAUAGUAGUCCCAGUAUUCUGAACAGAGAUUUUUUAUUGUUAUUUCCGGAGAAUCAGAGACUGAUUUCUCAUCUUAAUUUCACUUCUGACGUCAUAAUUAGUUUUAAAACUAUUAUAUCAUGGUCUAAUUAUAUGUAUUCGAUUCACAGUUCAUUUCCUUAAAAUAUGGAAUUAUAGUUUAAUAAAUAUUUGACCAGUUAUUCUGAAA